AUGAAGAAGCUGAAGAACUACUACCUUCAGUUCAAGCAGCCGAAAUCAAAAUGGGUAACAAUGGAGAGGAAGUGGAUCUUCCCACUGGCCAUCGGCUCAGUGGUUUCCCUUUUCCUGCUCUUUCUAACCACCCUGACCUCCCCCGACGGCUUGCCCCUCUUCCCCCUCCGGCGGUACUAUUCCCCCUCCGCCGCGGCGGCCGCCGCCGCCUCUAUCUUCGUCGAGACGAGGCUGAAACCCUUGCCGAUCAGCGAUCUCCCUCUUCCGCCGCGGCUGGCCUACCUGAUUUCCGGCUCCGCCGGCGACGGCGGUAUGCUCCGCCGUACGCUCGAGGCGCUCUACCAUCCCAACAAUCAGUACGUCGUGCACCUAGACGCCGAGUCCUCGGAGGCCGAGCGGCUCGAUCUGCGCAAUUACGUCAGUAACCACUCGAUCUUCCGGAGGUUCGAGAACGUGCGGAUGAUUACGAAGGCUAAUUUGGUCACAUACCGUGGGCCCACCAUGGUGGCGAACACUCUGCACGCGGCCGCAAUUCUGUUGAAGGAAGGCGGGGAUUGGGACUGGUUUAUCAACCUCAGCGCGUCUGAUUAUCCAUUGGUGACUCAAGAUGAUCUGCUGCAUACAUUUUCAUACUUGCCCCGGGAUCUUAAUUUCAUUGAUCAUACAAGUGACAUUGGCUGGAAAGAGUUCCAGAGGGCAAAGCCGGUUAUUAUCGAUCCCGGUUUGUAUAUGACGAAAAAGACCGAUGUGUUCUGGAUUUCACAGAGAAGAAGUGUGCCGACAGCAUUUAAGCUCUUUACAGGAUCGGCUUGGAUGGCCCUAUCUCGAUCGUUCGUUGACUACUGCGUGUGGGGCUGGGACAAUCUGCCUCGCUCGGUUCUCAUGUACUACGCAAACUUCAUAUCCUCCCCCGAGGGCUAUUUCCACACGGUCAUCUGCAAUGCUCCCGAGUUUCGAAACACGACCGUUAACAGCGACCUUCACUUCAUCUCGUGGGACAAUCCUCCAAAGCAGCAUCCUCAUUACCUCACGCUCGACGACAUGCAGAGGAUGGUCGAUUCGAAUGCCCCUUUCGCCCGGAAGUUUCACCACGACGACCCGGUGCUCGACAGGAUAGACUCGGAGCUUCUUUAUCGAGGUAAAGGGAUGCUUGUCCCGGGCGGGUGGUGCUUGGGGCCCACGGAGAAUGGGUCAGACCCGUGCUCGGUCGUGGGGGACGACACUAAGGUGCUGAGGCCGACGGAUGGGGCCAAAAGGCUGGAGAAGCUCACGGGUUUUCUUCUGUCGGAGGGUAAUUUCAGGCCUCGACAAUGCAGGAAUUAA